CCCGCUCCACAGCCCCUCGAUAGCGGCCUGCCAGAGAAGGGAGCUGAAGAUGGCCAAGGAGCUGCAGGGCAGGGCCAGCGAUGAGCGCUACGGAGUCAUCCGGGUCCUCGACACGUUCCAAUUCCGCGGGCACAAUUGCCUCGUCGUCGAGCUCUUGAAGAGGAGCCUCAAAGACGUCGUGAGAAAAGGGAGCGCCGGGCGGAUCUACCCGAGGCGUCUGAGGGAGUACACCGGGGCCAUCCUCGACUUCCUGCUGUACGCCAAGGGGCGGGGCGUCGUCCACGCGGACAUCAAGCCGGACAACAUUCUGCUCACCGCGGACGGCAAAGUGAGGGUCAACGACUUCGGAUGCAGCUUCUACCUGAAGUAUAAAACCCAAACCGUGGGCGGGACGUUGCCCUACAUGGCCCCGGAGCUGCUGCUGGGCUACCGUGUCACCUGCGCCGUGGACAUGUGGGCCCUGGGCUGCACUGUGGCCGAGUUGGCCACCGGCAAGGUGCUCUUCAAUUCACAGACCUACAAAGACCACCUGCACCGCUGCAUCGAGAUGGGAUCCGAAACUCCGGAUGACGCCUAA